AUGGUGAAACCUGGCCUCAUAUCCCAGCUGGAAGAGGAAGAAGAGCUGUUUCUCCUGAGUUCUGAUGAAGAGGAGGGAGUGGCAGGUGGAAAACCCCUUCACGUCGGCUUGCCUCUGAUGCACCACCACAACAGCCUCUUGGCUCUCAUUGAUGUCGUGCACCGAUUCUUCCUCAGUGCCAAGAAUAACGGGUUCAAGUUCGCCUCCAUGCCAAUCCUAGAUAUUGCUGUUGAGGCGAGAAUUCACACAGGGGAGAAACCAUACACGUGCAUGGAGUGCGAGAAAAGCUUCAGUAGGAGUUACAGUCUUAUUCUCCAUCAAAGAAUUCACACAGGGGAGAAACCAUAUAAAUGCCUGGACUGUGGGAAAUGCUUUCGUGAAAGUGGAAAACUUACUGCUCAUCAAAGAAUUCACACAGAGGAGAAACCAUAUCAGUGCCUGGAGUGCGGGAAAAGCUUCAGUCAGAAUAACAGUCUUACUGUCCAUCAAAGAGUUCACACAGGGGAGAAACCAUAUAAAUGCCUUGAGUGUGGGGAAAGUUUCAGACGGAAUGACAGGCUUACUUCGCAUCGAAUAAUUCACAUGAAGGAGAAACCAUAUAAAUGCCUGGAUUGUGGGAAAAGCUUCAGUUCGAAUAACGGUCUUACUUACCAUCAAAGAAUUCACACAGGGGAGAAACCGUAUAAAUGCCAGGAGUGCGGGAAAAGCUUCCGUUCUCGUGGUUAUCUUACUAUACAUCAAAGAAUUCACACAGGGGAGAAACCAUAUAAAUGCCUGGAGUGUGGGAAAAGUUUCAGUUGGAUUGACAGUCUUGCUACACAUCAAAGGAUUCACACGGGGGAGAAACCAUAUAAAUGCCUGGAUUGUGGGAAAAGCUUCCAUAGGAGUGGAAAACUUACUAUUCAUCAAAGAAUUCACACAGGGGAGGAACCAUAUAAAUGCCUGGAGUGUGGGAAAAGCUUCCGUUCGCAUGGUUAUCUUACUAUACAUCAAAGAAUUCACACAGGGGAGAAACCAUAUAAAUGCCUGGAGUGUGGGAAACGUUUCAGUCAGAAUGACAGUCUUGCUACACAUCAAAGGAUUCACACAGGGGAGAAACCAUAUAAAUGCCUGGAUUGUGGGAAAAGCUUCCAUAGGAGUGGAAAACUUACUAUUCAUCAAAGAAUUCACACAGGGGAGGAACCAUAUAAAUGCCUGGAGUGCGGGAAAAGCUUCCGUUCGCAUGGUUAUCUUACUAUACAUCAAAGAAUUCACACUGGGGAGAAACCAUAUAAAUGCCUGGAGUGUGGGAAACGUUUCAGCAGCAGAGAAAAGACACCCUUGAUGCCUCCUCCUCUUUCUCCUGUGUGUGAUAAAAGGAAAAGAAGCACCAUGCAGCAAGCUCGGGGUGGGGUGUCCUUUAAAGAGGUGGCUGUGUAUUUCACCAAGAGGGAGUGGACCCUGCUGCACCCAGCCCAAAGAGCUCUGUACAAGGAAGUCAUGCUGCAGAAUUUUGGGAACGUGGCCUCUCUGGGCAACCGUGAAAAGACACCCUUGAUGACUUUUCUGCCAUCUCCUCUGUGUUCUGAAGGGAAAAGAGGCACCAUGAAGCCAGCUCAGGCUGGCGCAGUGGAGUGUCCUGCCACGAUACCCCACAUUCCGGACCAGCUGGGCAGCAGGGAAGCGGCAGGCAACUGUGGGCAGGCCCAGGAUGGGGUGGAGGUGUGCUCCAGAGCGAGACCCCGCUCCCCAGAUCAGCUGGGCAGCGGGGAGACAGCCAGCAACUGCAGGCAGGGCUGGGAGGAUGCGGAGGAACGUCCUGGCCCAAUGAGAGGACAGGGGGAGGCGGUGGAGCACAGGUGUGGCAGGAACAGUGCAGAGGCCGGGAAGGCCUUUGCCACAGCUGUGGCCAGGGAGAAGGAAGCAAGGACGGAAAGGAGGCCUGGUGCUCAGGAGGGCAGGGCGGCUGAACUGGAGAGAGGGGGUUUGCAGCCGAGUUAUAGCAGCACGGCCCAGAAGGGGGAGGGCCAAGCAGGACGAGUUUGA